AUGUUUGCCUCGAACGCGAUCAAACUGUCGCGUUGUGCGAGACAGUUUCCGCGAAGGAACUUUACCAGACUCGCUCGUACGAGCUUUAAUUACCAAGUACAGGGACAAUCAAUGUCCAGUGUGGUCGUGAAACGUGAUUGGGAUGGGAAAUGGAACAGAUGGAGUGAUUUGGUGUAUGGAUUCGGUGCCUUUUGGACUCUCGGUGUCGUUGUGGCGUGGUGUGAUGUCCGAAGGGAGAAGCCUGCUGUGAAAAGGCUUCUCGCUGCUGCCAGGGAUGGCAACGUUUCUGAAAUCAAGAAGGCGUUCUCCAUCCUUUUUUACACCGUUUCCAGUUGCUGGAAAGUAUGA